AUGGAAGACAUCAGGGGAGGCAAGUAUCAAAAGCCUAACUGGGAUCCAAUAUGUUUCUACCCUAAGGAAGAAAGAGGUAUCAUCUAUCCUCACAACGACCCACUGAUUGUGGAGGCUUACUUAGCCAACUUUGAUGUACGACGAAUCCUGGUAGACACAGGGGCGUCGGUCAAUAUCAUGUUUGCUGAAGCUUUCAAAACACUUAAUGUACCUGAACACUUGCUCGAUCACUCGGUUUCUCCUCUGAUAAGCUUCUCUGGUGAUGUCGUGCAACCUUUAGGGAGCGUACAUUUACCCUUCACCAUCGGUACAGGCCCGUACACAACCACAAUCACCAUUAACUUCUUGGUGGUCGACUGCCCAACGGCAUACAAUGUCAUCCUUGGGCGCACAGGCAUUAAUGAUCUCAAGGCCAUGGUAUCCACGCAUAUGUUGUUGAUGAAAUUUCCAACCCCCUAUGGCAAUGGUUACAUCAGAGGAUAUCAACUUAAUGCACGAUCAUGUUACAGCACUUCAGUCAAGCAACAACACUUGCAUGUACCCAAAGAAACACUUUCUAUACAUGACCAAGUUAUCAAGACUAGCUCAGACAAAGCCAACUUGAAUAUUCACGGUGGUAACAAUCAACCCGACGAUCCUCGAGAUGACUCUUUCACCCAGCAAGCACAACCUGUUGAAGAGUUGGAGAAGUCUUCGCCUGGUCAUACGAGGACAUGCCAGGCAUCUCUCUCGAUAUCAUCUGUCAUUGCUUUGAGUAUUGAUCCCAAGACCAAGCCAGUGAGACAGAAGCGAAGAUCAUAUGAUGCUGAACGAUAUGAAGCAAUGAAGGCAGAAGUUGAAAAACUUAAAAGUGUAGGCUUCAUCCGUGAUGUCAAUUAUCCAACGUGGGUAGCAAAUGUGGUCCUUGUUAAGAAAAAUCCGACCAAGGAAAGUCUCUUGCUUCAAAAGAUCUUGUGA